AUGGGAGAAAGGGUUUUAAAGAAAAACAUUGUUGAUGUUCGUCUUUCUAUUAGUGGGGGACUAUCUGGUGGAGUAUCUGGAGGUGGUAACACUACUAGUGGUGGACUUUCUGGUGGAUUUUCUGGGGGAGUAUCUAGUGGACUGAAUGGCAGUAUUACUAAAGGUGGUGGACAAUUUGGUGGAUUAAAUGGAGGCGGUAAUAUUACAGGAGGUGGAAUAUCUAGUAGACAAAAUGGAACCGGUAAUGCUACUGAUGUUGGAAUAACUAUUGGUGUAGGAGGAGGCGGUAAUUCUUCUGGUGGUGGAUUUAUUGGAGACGAUAAUACUAAUGGAGGCGGUAAUUCUUCUGGUGGUGGUAUAUCUGGUGGAUUAAACAGUGGACAAAAUGGAGUCGAUAAUGUUAUUGGUGAUGGAAUAUUUGGUAGACAAAGUGGAGGCGUUAUUGCCACUAAUGGAUUGAGAGGAAGCAAUAAUCUAACUGGUGGUGGUCUUUCAACUGAAUUAAAUGGAGGAGGUAAUGCUAAUGUUGGUGGUAAUUUUACAAGUGGGGAAUAUUUGUUGGACUAA